UCGCCCCGAAGCAUUCAGAAAAAAUGAAUCCAAUCAGUCGCGUAAGGACAAGUGCAGUCCGACAUCUCAUCCUGCACGCCUGCGUCGAGCGGACUCCACCGGCCAUCGAGUCCGAAAUCCUCCCCGAGGUCAGCAUCCAUAAAAAUACCCCUGUCAACAGUCAAUACCACCAACGCAUUCAAUAUGUUCAGCCCAUACUGCUACAUUUCCCCGUUCUAUCUUCUGCAAUCCUCCUCCAAUGUCUCCCCGGCUCGACCCCACCACCCUCGACCUCUCCACAAAGAGCAUCCCCGCGCGCGAGUCUCGGGGUACGUAUCUGAGCUCAACCGUCAUUCGAGCCCCCGCCACCGAAGCAUGGGACGCCGUGGUUAACACUGGCGCCUGGUCGACAUGGAACACCUUCUGCCCCGGAGCCACCAUCCGCGCGCAGCCUGACCAGAGACAGUCGACGCGGCUGCACCUCAGCACGAAGAUGACCAUCCAUCUCAACUGGAACCCCCAGGGACCUAGAGCCAAGCCGGCAGAUGUGGCCCUGGUGGUGACCGAGUUCGACCCGCCCAAGGACGGGCGACAGACAGCCGCGCGCAUCGCGUGGGCGACCGAUCCCUCGGGCAAGGGCUUGCCCGCGUGGCUGUUGUAUGCGGAGCGCGUGCAUGAGUUCCAUGAAUUUGUGGAGGAGUCGGCAAACGGGAAACUGAAAGGGAACGGGAAUCAACGCGUCACGCAGGUGGUGUCGUGGGAGUCGCAGCGGGGUCUGCUGGCGUAUGUGGUCAAAUGGUUCAUGGGGAAGAAGUUCCGCGCGUGUCUGCAGGUGCAGGCUGAAGACUUAAAGUCUUUCGUUGAGAAAGGAGGAGAGAAGAAGAUUGACCGAUGAGAAAGGAUGGAAAGAUUGUUUGCUUUCCUUGAAUAU